GGACCUCGGGGAGCAGGUAACUCGCAGCGUUCUCGGCGUUGGGGGUACAGCAGAGAACAAAACAGGACCUUGUCAAUUCACCAGGAGAAUCCAGGGAGGAAAGGACUCCAAGAUCUCAAGGGGCACCUCCAGGUAGGCCUGUAUUGCUAUGAAUUUCCCUCCCAGGACUGCCGCUGGUGUGUCUCACAAGUUUUGGAUUGUUUUCUCCUGGUGUACAUAGGUGAGGGAUUCUGUGGGGUACCUACCUAUGAAUGAAAUUGCCAAAUCAAAAGGAAUUUCUUCACAUGGCUUCCAAAGAAGUGACCAUCACAGUUCGCCUCAUUCGUUCAUUUGAGCAUCGAAAUUUCAAACCUGUGGUAUAUCAUGGAGUUAAUUUGGACCAAACUGUAAAGGAAUUUAUCAUAUUUCUAAAGCAAGAUGUUCCUUUAAGGACCAGCCUGCCACCACCAUUCAGAAAUUAUAAAUAUGAUAAAUUAAAGAUUAUUCAUCAAGCACAUAAAUCAAAGACAAAUGAAAUUGUGAUGAGUUUGGAAGAUGAUGACAGACUCCUGUUGAAAGAAGACAGUACUCUGAAAGCAGCUGGAAUCGCCAAUGAAACUGAAAUUGCAUUCUUCUGUGAAGAAGAUUAUAAGAACUACAAAGCUAAUCCCCUUUUAUCCUGGUGAAAACCUCAUGGGGGCUUCCUUUUUGCAUACCUAUAUUAAGCUCUUUAUUCCACUAGUGAGUUUUGAAAUUGAGAAAUAAACUUUAAAAAUUAA